UAAACAUCGACGCACCCGGAAACCGGAACAGCGUGGAAGGAGCAGAGAAGCAGCCGAGUGGCGGCUAACGACGUUAGCAUCGAGCUCAGCGUAACGUCCCGCUUCCAUCAUGAAUAACUCGACAGAAGGAACGUGGGACACUUUGCCGACUCCUCUCACUGAGGGGAUUUUACAGACGCUCGAGGAAGUGAAGUUCACGCACAUGACACCUGUGCAGUCCGCGUGCAUCCCGCUCUUCAUGAGCAACAAGGACGUCGCUGCGGAGGCGGUGACCGGCAGCGGGAAGACGCUCGCCUUCGUCAUCCCCAUCAUCGAGCUGCUGCUGAGGAGGGAGGAGAAGCUGAAGAAGAUGCAGGUGGGCGCCUUGGUGAUCACUCCCACCAGGGAGCUGGCCCUCCAGAUCAGCGAAGUGAUGGCGCUUUUCACCAACAAGUUUCCACAGUUUACGCAGAUUUUGCUGAUCGGUGGCACCAACCCGAUAGACGACGUGGAGAAGUUUAAGGAGAACGGGGCGAACAUUGUGAUAGCGACGCCGGGCCGCCUGGAGGACAUGUUCAGGAGGAAGCCGGACGGUCUGGACCUGGCGAGCUCGGUCAGGAGCCUGGACGUCCUGGUUCUGGACGAGGCCGACCGGCUGCUGGACAUGGGGUUUGAAGCCAGUCUGAACACCAUCCUGGCCCACCUGCCCAAACAGAGGCGCACGGGCCUGUUCUCGGCCACUCAGACUCAGGAGCUGGAGAAGCUGGUGAGGGCCGGCCUCCGCAACCCGGUGCGCAUCACGGUGAAGGAGAAGGGCGUGGCCGAGUCCGCCGUCGUCCAGAAGACGCCGUCCAGGCUCUGCAACUACUUCACGAUAUGCAGAACAGAGAACAAGUUCAACAGCCUGGUGGCGUUUCUACGGCAACACAAGCAGGAAAAGCACCUGGUCUUCUUCAGCACGUGCGCGUGUGUCGAGUACUUUGGCCGCGCCCUGGAGACUCUGGUGAAGAAGGUCACCGUGCACGCCAUCCACGGCAAGAUGAAGAACAAACGCAACAAGAUCUUCGCCGAAUUCCGGGCCCUGAAAGGUGGGAUCCUCGUGUGCACGGACGUGAUGGCGAGAGGGAUCGACAUCCCCGACGUGCACUGGGUGCUGCAGUACGACCCGCCCAGCAGCGCCAGCGCGUUCGUGCAUCGCUGUGGACGUACGGCCCGUAUCGGUAACCACGGCAACGCCCUCGUCUUUCUGCUACCGAUGGAAGAGUCCUACGUAAACUUUUUGUCCAUCAAUCAGAAAUGUCCCCUCCAGAAGAUGGUCCUCACAGAGGAGGUGGUGGACGUGCUGCCCAAGGUGAAGGCCAUGUCGCUGGCGGACCGAGCCAUGUUCGACCGCGGCAUGAGGGCCUUCGUGUCCUUCGUGCAGGCCUACGCCAAACACGAAUGCAGCCUCAUUUUCCGGCUCAAAGAUCUGAACUUCUCCACCUUGGCGCGCGGCUUCGCCCUCCUCCGCAUGCCCAAGAUGCCCGAGCUGAAGGGGAAGACGUUCCCCGGCUUCGACAGGACGGCGCUGGACACGGACACCAUCCGCUACAAGGACAAGAACCGGGAGAAGCUGAGGCAGAAGAUGCUGGCUGAGCUGAAGGAGAGGCCGCCGCUCCCAAAGAGGAGCUUCAUCAAGAACAAGUCGUGGUCCAAGCAGAAGACCAAGACGGAGCGCAGGAAGAAGAGGUCGGCCAAGAGGAAGCACGAGGAGGGCUCCGACGUGGAGGACGAAGACAUGAAGGAGCUCUUAAACGACACUCGAAUCCUCAAGAAGCUCAAGAAGGGGAAAAUCAGCGAGGAGGACUUUGAGAAGCAGAUAACGAGCAGACCGGAAAAAAACAAAAUCCCCGGGGGCGGAGCCUCGGGCGAGGAGGAGGCGGCGUGACCCGCCGCGUUCAGCUUGCAUUCAAUGAGACCAUGUGAUUUCCCCGUAAGAGACGUUUAUUGAGUUAUAAAUAGAGCUUGAUGAGCUCGUCGCUGACGGCCGAGGGGGUGAGGACCCCCAGGUCGGUGAAGAGGAGGGUGAUGAGGGACGGGGGCGUGUAGUCGAUCAUGGGAUGCUCCUCUGACAGGUUGGCCUUGUUCUUCAGCGUGUCCGCCUUGUACUGCAGGGAGAGAGAGAGAAGCUCGUAAAGAAAACAACAACAACAACAACGCCCCGGCGGGGAGAUGCUCACCUUGAACCUGUCGGGGACGUCCUGCUGGUUGAGCGGGUAUAGGCGGACGAAUUUGAAACUCUCGGCCACGACGUAGAACGGCUUGUUGUGAGCUUUGGAGCACACGGCCGUCUGAUAGGUGCCGAUCUGCGAAGGUCAAAAGGUCGUCUCUGUUCAACCGGAGGACUUUGUACUUUUACUCUGCCUCAUCCAGCUUGUUGUGUUUUAAACAGUUUAAAUCUGCCGUUAAUGUGAGACGAUGAGUCUUCUUGAAUAAAGUGCAAUGCAACAAUCCCUCAUUUCUCUCUCAGAAAACCUUGUUUAGAUGAAACUUUGAACAAUAAACCUUUUACUUAA